AUGGCAAACAACGUUGGUAACACCGCCUUGCACGAGGCGGUACAGAACGGCCAUCAACAGGUCGUCGGUGCACUGAUGGAGAAGUCUCCACGUGUGUCGGCGGUGACCAACGUCAAUGGCGUGUCGCCCCUCUAUAUGGCGGUGGAAAGCGGGUCAACGUCGGUCGUCCGGCUUUUACUGGUGGCGGCGGACGCGUCAUGCGACGGACCUAAUGGGCAGACAGCUUUGCAUCUAGCCGUGCUGAGGAGCUACCGUUCAGAAAUCACAAGGAUGUUGCUGCAGCAGAGGGGCAGUUUAACCCGAAAAGCCGAUGCCGCCGAACGAGUACCUCUCCACUUUGCAGCCGCCCGCGGAGACCUUGAAAUGGUGAGACUUCUGCUAGAAAAUGAUGCAUCUACUGCGUAUCUGCAAGACAAUGGUGGCGCCACUGCAAUCCACGUUGCUGCAAGCUUCGGAUAUGUCAACGUAAUCAAACAUCUCAUAGAAACAUGCCCCGGUUGUGUGGAGGUGAUGGACGGUGAGGGCAACAACUUCUUCCACGUAGCCAUCAGCAAACGAAGAGAACAAGUGGUCCGAUUUGUGGCUAAAUUACCUCGUCCCAGUGAUCUGUUGAACGAGCCGGAUUCGGCUGGGAACACUCCCUUGCAUCGAGCUAUUAUGUCUCGAGACAUGCCCAUCACACAAAUGUUGUCGUCCAAUCCAAGCGUCAAGCUUAGUGCAACCAACAACAGCGGUCAAACCGCUCUCGAUGUCGCUCUAUCCAACACAAGGAAACGCCUGUUCAAGGUAGUGAUUGAUUUGACGAAUAAGGGUGCGCGAUUCAGCGACCAACAGCUCCUUGAGGAAAUGGUACAUCCGGUAGACCAAAAGGGUACGGUUGAAAAGAAGAAUCAUAAAGAAAACGCUGACAGUAAACAUGCAGUGCAUACGGUAGACCAAAAGGGCAAAGUUGAGGAGAAGAACUAUCAAGAUAUCGCCGAUACUCUACCCGUCGUGGCAGCGCUUAUUACCACCGCCACCUUCACUGCAGCAUUCACCUUGUCAAGUAGUUUUAAGAGGGAUCGCAGCGAUUAUGGCAGCAUCUACAUGCGUAUAAGGGGGAUUGCCUUCGUGGUGUUUCUGAUAUUUGAUGCCCUGGCCAUGAUAACCGCCAUUUGUGUUCCCUUCCUCGUCAUCUAUGUGCGAGUAGGAACUCCUGUUACCCAGGUCAACAGUCUUACUCUAUCCGAAAUAUUACUGCAGGUUGCGUUCAUAGGGUUCACGGUAGCAUUCGCCAGUGGUGUGUGUGUGCUGCUUGCGGAUCACUGGCUCAUCAUCCUCAUCUGGCUCGUGAUUCUGCUCUUUAUUCCAAUCCUCAAGAGAAGGAUCAUUCCUUUCUACCCUUACCUAUGUUGGUUGACUAGAGGGAGUGAGUUCCAGAUCAUUUACGCUAGAUUAACGAUCGCCCGGCAUAGGCUGAUACGAAUUGCCAACUAUGAAUUAGCAAUAGACUUCAUCAAGUUUCCUGGUGUGUGGGGCUUCUCCAUCACAAAAUUCUGA